UUCUGUUACACCAACCAUCUAUGGAACAACCACUGACCCCACAUCCACAUUCUACUACAGUUCCUCAGUGGCCACCCCAGCUGCCUGUAGUCCAUCCUCUAUCAGUUCACCACUAUCAGCCUCCACCCCACCCACAGCAGCCAAUACCACAGCAGUGUUUACACACACAGCCCCGCCCACAGGAAGCAUUGCAGGCAACACAGCAGCAGCACCGGCUGUCCCAACCUCCACAGCGGCAGCAACAGAUCCAUCUAAAUGGACAGGUAUUGCCAAACCAACAGCGGCAAAACAACCAGCUAUAUUCACAGUCACAGCCCUUCCAUCCACAGCAGCGACAGCAACAACUGUGUAACAGACUGAAGCACAUGCAGGUGGAUGGGACUGGGACGGGUUCAAUGACAGAAAGACAAAAAGACAUCACCAAGCAGCAGCAGCAGAUUCCUCUGUUGUUCAACGUGGAGCAGCCAGGGGGGCUCCAGACUCACCACAGCCACCCCCAACAUGGGCACCUCUGCCUGGGGGAAGCUUCCCUGGGCCUGGGCCUCCACUACAGGAACCAGCUGAACAUUGUGUCGGUUAGCCGCUCCCCGGAGCUCUCCUCCUAUGUACCCACCACGGGCCUCCAGAGCCAGAGGGUGGACGGAGAGCUCCCGCCCCAGGAUUUGGAGGAGUUGCUGGGCAGCCUGGAGUCCACUGGUCCCCGGGGGAUAGAAGAUGGUAGGGGAGCGCACCAGUGGAGUGUGGUGGAGGCCCUGGGUGUGUUUCAGCAGCAGGGGCACCUCCCUGACGGCCAAGCCCAGUCUCAGGCCACCAGCACGGGCUGGGCUCAGCACGCCUAUCCCCUGGCUGUGGGGUUCAGCCGGGUCAACAGAGCAGAGCGGCCAUUCACCGCACAGGUAAGAAAGGUGACACUAACCUGGGUAGUGUUCAUUAGGCAGCAAACAGGUAAAAUGUUGUGAAACGUAAAGCGGGUCCUACCUGAACUUGUCUAGUAAGAACGCUAAUAAUAAACAAUUAUAAUUGGCUACAUUGUGCCCCACUGAACAGGCCCCUGAACUAAUGAUAUAAAAUGUUAGGCCUAUAUGCUUUACUUCCUCUAGCUAUAGGCUCAUCAUAUGAUCGUUGAAUACCAACAGCACAUACAUACUCGCGCAUCAGAUUUAACAAGAAUUAGACUUUAGAAAUAGAAGGUCAUUAUCAUUUGACCAUUGAAAGCCAGUGGGUAUUUACACAUCAAGGGCAAUUUAGACCAGAAAAAGGAGGCUUAGCGAAGUCGGACAUUUCCUCUGUUCCAGUUCCAGAACGGGAGCCUGAAGGAGGCUGGCCCAGACCCUGGCCCUGUACCCAACCCUGGGUCCUCUAGGGGGGCAGACCCUGGCCCUGUACCCAACCCUGGGUCCUCUAGGGGGGCAGACCCUGGCCCUGUACCCAACCCUGGGUCCUCUACGGGGGCAGACCGUGGACAUUCAGCAGCAGCGGGGCAGCCAACGCACCAGCCUCCCCCUCCCUCCGCUGAGAGCAGGCCCUACCCUGACCUCCCUCUGAGGGGAUUCAUGUGAGACUGAAGGCCCUCCUCCCUACUAGUGCACUAUAUAGAGGAUAGGGUACAAUUUGGGAUUCAAUCUUAAACAGGAGCCAGGGAAUGUCUGGGAGUAUGGAGGACUUGGACUGGAGAGGUGUGCCUCACUUCGUAGAGCAUGACACAUGCAACGCCAGGGUUGUGGGUUCGAUUCACACGGGGGACCAGUAUGAAAAUGUACUGCUGUAAGUCGCUCUGGAUAAGAGCGUCUGCUAAAUGGCUAAAAUGUAAAUGUAAAAAUAAGAGUAACAUCCAGAGAGACUGUCUGAAUGUCAGACAGCAGGCAGUGGGACAGUGAGAGACAGACAGGCAGACGGAGGAAGACCAGAGGAACUGUAUGAUAUGCAUAGAAAUGUAAUGGACUAACGACCUUUUUAGAAUUUUGGUUUGCUUAAAAAAGAAAACUAUUGUCAGCCAUUUUGUUUGUCCAGAAAAACAACCCAUUGGUGCAGUCGUGGUUUACUGGUCAGUGUGUCAGCAUGCACUGUCAUGA